AUGGUGAGACAUAAGGCAAGAUGGAUCUUAGUUCAAGUGGAUUUCAGUAAGCAACAUGACAACAAAAAUACGUCAUUUCCGUCCAAGAAGGAAUUCGCGUUGAUGAUUCGUCAAUCCAUUUCCUCUUGCUUUGGAGUAGCAGCCGAUGGGGCGGCUAUGGAGACUCAAGUACGCUUUGUCAAUUCCACCACUCGAUUGGUCCUACUUCGAGUACCCAGAGAGUUUUGCAAUAUGGUUCGCUGUAGCAUUACUAUGUUGACUCGAAACAUUGCAGACGAUGUGGCUGCCAUUGCGGCAACUACGACUAAAGACGACAGCAUGACUGGAUCGAGUACCAAACGAGCCUUGGCACAACUUGAUCGACGACCAACUCUGGUGGCGUCUGUCAUUUCCGUCAAUGGGUCAGCCCGAACAGCCAAACUCUCGACCAUGGCUCGCAUUCGAAAAGUAUAUCGGCAACGGAUUUUGGAGAAUGACAAAGAUCCCAAAUUGGUGGAAGAAUUGCAUUCAUUACUUUCAUUGGUUCAGAACAUUGAUUGA